AUGGAGUGACUGCACGGCAACUGACGUGUAUCGCGCCCAAACGCCGAAGCUCACCUGCCAAGCUAGCACCUGAGUUAAUACCUACCACUUCAUCUCCUCCUCGCUCUCUGUGCAACGGCGCAUACAUAUUGUGCCCCCGUCCUGCCUCUCGCCAUCGUAUCACAGCCAACAUCACUAUCACCUCCGCUGACUCCAUUGAAAGGAUCGAGUGCUUUGAACCCCACCAGCAGCGACCAUGGAGCCCCUCAACGUCUUGAUGAUUGGCACGGGCGAGUACACCACCGGCUUCGUCGGCGGCGGCGCCUCGGCCUCGGACAAAAAGGUGGGCGUCGUCGGCCUCACCCUCUUCGACCUGCGCCGCCGCGGCAAGGUCAACAAGCUGGGCAUGGUGGGCGUCAACGGCAAGAAGUUCCCCGCCAUCCGCGACCACCUUGAUCGCAACAUCACCCAGGCCUACAACGGCCUCGACACCUCCUUCGACUCCUUCCCCGCCGACGACGCCGUGAACCCGGACGCCUACAAGGCCGCCAUCGACGCGCUGAAGCCCGGCGACGCCAUCACCAUCUUCACCCCGGACCCUACCCACUACCCCAUCGCCCUCUACGCCGUCGAGCGCCGUGUCCACGUUCUACUAACCAAGCCCGCCGUCAAGCUGCUCGAGCACCACCAGGAGCUGCUGCGCCGCGCCGCGGCCAAUGGCGUCUACGUCUUCGUCGAGCACCACAAGCGCUUCGACCCCGCCUACUCGGACGCCCGCUUCAAGGCCCGGGGCCUCGGCGACUUCAACUACUUUUACGCCUACAUGAGCCAGCCCAAGUACCAGCUCGAGACCUUCAAGGCCUGGGCCGGCCGCGAGUCCGACAUCUCCUACUACCUCAACAGCCACCACGUCGACAUUUGCGACUCCAUGGUCCAGCAGCUCGGCUACCUGCCCGUCAAGGUCUCUGCCUCGUCCUCCAAGGGCGUCGCCACCGACCUCGGCUGCGCCGAAGAGACCGAGGACACCAUCUCCCUGCUCGUCACCUGGGCCAAGACGGGCGAGCCCUCCAAGCGCGCCGUCGGCGUCUACACGGCCUCGUGGACCGCGCCCCAGCGCGCCGGCGUCCACACCAACCAGUACUUCCACUACCUGGCCUCCGGCGGCGAGAUCCGCGUCGACCAGGCCCACCGCGGCUAUGACGUGGCCGACGACGCCGCCGGCCAGCUGCAGUGGUUCAACCCCUUCUACAUGCGCUACGCCCCGGACGAGGACGGCAACUUCAACGGCCAGACCGGCUACGGCUACAUCUCCCUCGAGAAGUUUGUCGACGGCUGCCGCGCCGUCAACGCAGGCGCCGCCAAGCCCGAGGACCUCGACGCCAAGGGCCUGCCCACCUUGCGCAACACCAUUGCCACAACGGCCAUUCUCGAGGCCGGCCGGAGGAGCAUCGACGAGGGGCGCGAGGUGGGCAUUUCCGUCGAUGGCGACCAGUGGAAGCUGGUGUAGCCAUGUAUUGUUUUUGAAAUUGUUUGUGGAUGUAUAGCUGGAUUGUGAGGUAAAAGCUGGCCGACUGAAUGGUGGGAUAGGUCCAUCGUAUGCAGACUGGCAGACAUGUCGUGCGGGUUGGACAUGUAAAGAGAGAGGCCUGGUAUAUAUAUAGGCGGAGGUCCAUGCAACGAAUUACGACUGCUACACAC